GUUUGAAGACAGCAAGAGACUCGGACGGCCAGUGGGAGGUCAUUCCACCACUUGGGUGCCAGUAUGGAGAACAAUCGCGACGUUUGCCUUCCACGCGCCUUGAUGGAUGGCAGGUCAAGCCGAGCUGUACUCGAAGCUUGAAGGGCUCGUGGUAAAGUUCGAGAUUUCACCAUUGCCAUCAAAUAGCUGGGUGUCCACAAUGGCAGCCACCAGUCUGACCACUGCUUUGAGCUUCACCUUGACGGUAAACACAACAAACGCAACAUCGUCACCCUGUGUCCGGACAGAAGUGCCAGCCCAUCCUUUCUUCAUUUUUGCCUACUGCCUAGUGUGUAUGGUUAGUUUGGCACUGAAUGCCAUAACCAUGCGAGUGUACUUCUGCUCUUCACAACGGCUCCAGUCCAGCGUCACUGUCUACCUGAAGAACCUGGCUGCAGCUGACUUCUUCCUCUGCCUCUGUUUGCCUUUGCGCAUAGCCAACUAUGCCAGCAAGUCUCUAACUAUGCGACGCAUUUACUGCAAUUUUGGUGCUACAGCUUUUUACUUCAACAUGUACGCCAGCAUUCUCUUCAUGGAUUACAUUGCUGCAAACAGGUAUCUGAAGAUCGUCCGUCCAGUGGAGACUCAUGCUCUGCAGACAGCCCGUGCUGCACGUUACAUCUCCAUAGUGACAUGGGUUUCCUUAUCAGGAAUGGCAUCUAUUUAUUUUAUUGUCUUCCUCUGUACAUCUUGGACUGUUGAUCCAAAUCCGAAUGUCAUUGGCUGUGAGGCCUUGCACAGCUCUAAGGUCAACAUGCUUUAUAAGAUCAUUCACAGCGUUUCUGCUAUCAUAUUUGUGAUCGUUUUGGUGUCCUUAGUCCUGUUGUACUGGGGAACCGUGCGAAGGCUCCAACAAUCACAAAAAGCCCAGGCCAAGCCUUCCAACCAUAAGCUCAACAAGUCAAAGCGCAAUAUGUUAGUGCUAGUGGUGGUCUUCUGUGUGUGCUUUGUGCCUUAUCACUUGGUGAGGCUGCCUUAUGCUUUCCUGAAGCCCCUGCUAAAGCACUGCGCUACAGUACAGGCAUUUUAUAUUGUAAAGGAACUUACAGUUCUGAUUUCAGUGCUCAAUGCUUGCCUGGACCCGCUGAUAUAUUUUAUCUUCUGCAAGGCCUUCAGAGCCCAACUUGGCAUCAGAAACCGCAAAACUACAUCGAGCUGGAAGCUGAGUGAUGUUCCAGGAGAUAUGAGAAGACAAAGCAACUCAGAUUCAAGGGUCUCUACACUGAGACAUCAAAGUGUCAUUUAAUCAAACUGUAUCUGCAUGGACUGGUGACAUAUUGAUCCAUAUGUUGGAUGGUAUCCUGCCAUAGUCACAAAGAUAUUCUACCAAAGUAGAUAAUUUCAUAAAUCAUACUUUCAGAAUGAUGGAAUGAGAUACAUUUUUAUAAAUCCUUUGUGUCAUGUCUGCUAUUAGUUAAGUAAUAGAACAUGAGAGGGAGCAAAAUAUCGCAGCAACAACUUUGGAAUUAUAUAUUGCCCUACUAUGAUAUUGUCAGAUGCUGUCACAUGGGCUGCAGGUCAAAUAUUAUCUUUUAGAUGAUUGUUUUAGUUAUCCAGUGUAUCCAUUUUCUGCUUUUUGUACUUGCUAAAGUAGAAAUGUAUUAAGUCGCAACUGGUGCUAAGCAGAAUGAUAGUUAUUUAGAAAAAAGGCUUCUUAACCAGUCAGAUUGUACUAUUGGAACUAACUGUUGUAUAAUACACAUUAAAAUGUAAAUAUCAGUCAAAUAAACUAUAAUAAUGUUCUAUAUGCAUCUAUACACAUUAAAAAGUGUCUAUUGA